CCAAAUACAUUUGUUUCAUGCAUUUCCGGGUCAAACAAUCAUGGCGGACGUGAAGUCUUUGGAACAUCCAACAUUGAAGGUUCCAUAUGAAGUACUGAACAAAAAGUUUCGCACAGCACAAAAAAAUAUUGACCGUGAGGUCUCUCACAUACAAGGUGCGGGCAACGAACUUGAGAAAUGUCUGCAGGAAAGUAGUGUCUCAGUGGGUGAUGUCUCAAGAGUCCUUGACAACAUGGUGGAAAAACUAACAUUUCUCAAGAGGAAGGCUGAUGAAAGUAUCCAGGAUGAGUUGGAAGCUGCGAGGGUCAUCAAGCGCCGUGUGGAGCACCUGAAAGAGGCCGAGAAUCUCCCCGAGGAGGCGCGUCCGCUAUGGCAGAAGAAGCGCCUGGAUCGCAUGUUGGUGGAGUUCUUCCUGCGGGCAGGGUACUAUAACACAGCUCUGAAGUUGGCGCGGCAUUCGGAGAUAGAGGACUUGACAAACAUAGAACUGUUCCUGACCUCAAAGGAAGUUGAGGAAUCGCUGAUGAGACACGAGACUGGGCCCUGUCUAGCUUGGUGCUACGACAACAAGUCCAAACUACGAAAGAUGAAGAGUACCCUAGAGUUCAAAGUUCGCAGACAGGAGUUUAUUGAGUUGGUUCGCAGUGAUAAGAGACUGGAGGCUGUCAAACAUGCCAGGAAAUACCUGAGUGGUGUCGAGGACGACCAGAUCCCAGCGGUGCAGAAGGUCAUGGCACUCCUGGCAUUCCCCAGUGAUACACAGAUAGCUCCUUAUAAGGAGCUGCUUGAUGUGAGCCGGUGGCAGGAGCUUGUCCAGCAGUUCCGGGAGGAAAACUUCAAGUUGCACCAGCUCAACUGUACGUCUGUCUUCACCGCCGCCAUCCAGGCCGGACUGUCUUCACUCAAAACACCUCACUGUUACAAGUCUACAUCUGACAACAAGAACCCCAACUGUCCCGUGUGUUCCAAACACCUGAACGAGCUCGCUAGACCUCUGCCGUAUGCCCACUGUGCCAACUCCAAACUUAUCUGCACAAUUACGGGUGGUUCCCUCAACGAGAAUAACCCUCCGAUGAUGCUCCCCAAUGGCCAUGUUUAUGGAUACAAUUCUCUUGCGACAAUGGCUUCUAAUAACGAUGGCCGGGUUGUCUGCCCACGAACAAGAGAAAUCUACAAGCUAGAUGAUAUCGACAAGGUGUUUGUCAUGUGAUCAGUCUCACACGACGGAGAAAAAGGCACUGCGUGAAAGACGACCAUGUGAUGUAGAUAGAUAGAUAGAUAGUUACUGAAAGUAAGAAAGAGACUGGAUUGUGACUGAUUUUAGCUUUACAUUUACACAUAGAACCAAGUAGAACGGUGUAGAUACUCGAUGUGAGAUGUGGACUGAUAAUGUAUGUACAGAACAACACUCCAAGUUUUAAGCUGAGCAGCGAAUGGUCAAUAAAUCAUGAGAGUUGAUCGUGAGUCGUUGAUGUGAGAUUACACAAACUGUUCAAUGUUGUCUUUGGUUAAUAAUAGCUUAUGAAAGCCGGAAUGUGUGGCAUUGCAGUCUUGAUAAAUAUGUACUUAUUUGUGAAGUUUUUCAGAUGUUGUUCCCAAUUUCAUUAAAAUGAAAUCCUACUCUGAUGCGAUACCACUCUGCAUGAAGAUCUAACUUCUCCUCCAUAGUAGGUCCGUUAGGAGACUCAGGAUUGAUUGUUGACUGCCUCGUCUCAAGGAAGGAUGCAUGGGUUCUUGAGUCAAAUGAAUGGCAACUUUCUACACUGAUUGUUGUCUCACCACUUUGAUUCCGAUAUUUUGAUCUUGGCAAAAGAAAACUGGCAUACAACACAAAAUUACCCACAAUGGUACAUACAUUUGGUGUGGAUGCCAUGGCGCUCAGAAACAAAAGGAUGCAUAAUAUGUUCACAACAAUUUAAUAGCUUGACUAUAUUUUUUAACAUACAGAGCUCAAAAGUAAUAUUCUUGUUAGAGGUGCAGAAAUCAGACAUGCUUCUCACAUAGAACAUACAUAUUCCUUAGAUGGUAGGCACUUACAGAAAGAAAGCCACCAGAUAUUACGCUCGAAAGUUCACCAUUUUGGGUGUAGUUUUUUUAUUAACAUUUAGAACUGUUUAUUUUGUUUUCAAGUUACAUUUUGUUUGUUUUGUUUAACCCAGCACUCAGCAAUAUUCCAGCUAUAUGACGGUGGUCUAUAAAUAAUCGAGUCUUGAACAGACAAUCCAGUGAUUUAGAUCAUGAGCAUCAAUCUACGCAUUUGGGAUACGAUGACAUGCAUCAACCAAGUCAGCGAGCCUGAACACCCUAUCACGUUAUUCUCCUAUUACGACAAGCAUCAUGGCCAGGUAUGGCAAGCAUAGGUUGCUGAAGUCUUAUUCUCUAUCCAGAUCUUCACAGGCCUCAAGGCACAGUAUUCAGAUAUGUUGCUCUGUAUACUUUACUCAUUCAUACCCUGAAUUCAGAAGCCUUGGCACUGAUUGGCUGAUUAGCUGAUUAGAAAGUUCACAGAAGUAACCUGCUAUGGAGGUGUCCGCAGAUCGUCAUGAGUAAAGAUAUCAUAUUGAAGAUCUGAUUGUAAUGAGAUUGAUAUAUUGUUCAGGUAAACGUUACAUUCAAACUAUCUAGCCAGCAUUCAUUCAGUACUUGUCUUAAACAAGGGGGAAAUCAGUUGCAGAAUCAUUUAAGCGUUAUGUUUUUGCCAUUGGCAUCGUCAGUACUUCACAGGUUUAUAUACACUUCCUUUUCUUCAUCACCAUGACAACAAACAGUGAGUAAGUUGCGGAAGAGUUGCUAUUUUUAACCGACCACUCAAGCCAUGGCAUGGGAAUAAUCAGGAUAACAAUGGCAGUGUUGUGGCUUUGUGACCAGCUGCUUCAACACCAGGCAACGGUAGGGUUUGCACAAAGUUCCCAGUUGCACUUCAUUGACCUGUGUGAGUUGUGCAUAGUCUCAUUUCAUUACUGUCGUAGAUAUGAACAUGCCUCACUAGUACACUGCAAAGUUGACAUACAUUUUCUUUGGUUACGGAGGAGCGUAAUAUACAUGUGAGAAGUGAAACUUAAGAAAACACGUAGGAAUAUAAAGCCUGAGUGAACCGCCCCAUUUAUGAUGUAGUGUCAAAUGAUCUGCAGCCUUUGCUGUUUUCAUAAGCACUGACACAUCGGAAAACAACAACUCUCCGAUCCUUUAGGGAAUGUUACACACAACAUUUCAAGUAGUUCCUGCUAGGUGACCUCAUUUGUAUUUUAGGGAACAAUUAUAUAUAGCCGAUAACACUACCCGUUAUGUGGUGAACUGGCUGUCAUGGCCAUGGUUGAUCGAAGACAUUGACCCCCCCAAAUAAAGUGUGACAUAAUGUACAGGGGAAGUGUCUGUUUAUGUCUGAGGCACGUAGUGUUCUUGUUGGCGAAAGAAGUGUGAUUGUCUUGAAUAUGUGUGAUGUCAAUAUCUGCUGUAACCAUGAUCGUGACUUUAGUUUUGUCCAAGGCCAUACGAAUCCUGGUUCUGUACCACCCUCUUCUCCAUGGAUUGGAUUAAAAAACAUCACAAUGUUAGUUAAAUUUAGUCUAGGUGGGAUAUUCCAACUGGUUUGAGGGGCUAUGGGUGGCCCAGUCAUGUAAAGCACUGCAAUUCAUCGUGCGGAGUUGCGUCGUGCAGAGUGGCGUCGUGCCAAAGCACUAUGAUCACAGGUUCAAAUCCAGGUUUGCCCAGGUGAUGUUCCUAGGUUUGUCAGCACCAUGCCCGUGCUCGUGGGUUUCACCAAAGUGGUAAUGUCUGAUGUGAAUAACUUCAGGCUUUCCUCCCACAUCAACACACCAUGAUAUACCUGAGACUGUUCAAAGCGGCAUUAAACGAACAUACUCACUCACUCCAACUGCCUAGAAACUUUCAUGACACUUAAUUUUGAAGACUCUUUCAAAAGUUAUUGUGAGGCAUGGCCUGAGAAUUUUUACUGUUUCACGUUUUGAAAAGCAUCCCGAAAGCAUCGUGUGGAUUUCUUCUCAGUGAAUUAUGUGUAACAAAGUAAAAGACAUUUAUCAGUUUAUUUCUGAUGGUAUGUGCGUAAGUAGGAGUGUUUUUGGCCAGUAAAUUGGUAUAACAUCCUUGAUGGUAUAUACUUGAAGGACGAUCUGAUGGCUGGUUCAUUAGUUCUGCUGUAAGUUCCAGACAUAUGGCCGUUGACAAGGGAGUUAACUGACUAUAAAAUCAAGUUUCCACCCUUGCCAAACUAGGUUAAAUUAUGGACAUCGGAUCAAAAACAACAUGGCAACUGUCAUGUCAACUGCAGAAUUUGCAGAGCAUGUGUACCAUCAAAUCGGUGUUGACAGAUGUUUUCCAAAUCUAAUCUAAAAUAAAUGCCCACUCCUUGACCAAUAAGAAGCUAAUACUUUAAUAUAAGGUGAGACAAAGCAUUUUGCUCAUCUCAACGAUGGUCUGGGUUUGAUUCCCACAUUGGUAGAGAAUAUGAAGCCCUUUUCUGAUAUCCCCUACCUUGAUAUUGUUGGAAUCUUGCUGAAGCAGCCAACAGAUCUACUCUCUGAUGGAUGACGAUCAAAUAUGUGUUCUGCUGGUGUUUAUUGCAAGAUUCCCUGUUCAAUAUUGCUACUUGAAUGUGUCUUUCACAGAGAUGUUUUAAUUCUGUAUUGAAGUCUUUAGUUAUGUUUCUGUCCAGAUCAUCAAUGUCUAUUUUCACCUCCGAACAUUCAUGCACGAUUUGCUUGCAUGUAUUUGUAUGUGUGCUUGGCAAAGACGAACAUGUACCAUAAUAUAUACUCAUUUAUAAUAAAGCAACAUGAUGUAUAUGAAUC